AUGCAGCGGCGCGUGUCUAGCUCACAUGGCGGGGUGAGUGUGGUCGGUAUGCUUCCGGCGAGCCUGCCCGGAAAUAACCUCAACCUAUCCCCGACCUCGGCUGCAGGGCCGUCUGCACCUGGCGCUGGCGUUGGUGCCGGCGCGGGUGCCGUCCCAGGCUCGGCAGCCCAGGCGGCGGCUCAGGCGGCGGCUCACCAGGCAGCAGCCCAGCAGCACCAGGCCCAGCAGGCUCACCAGGCCCAGAUGGCAGCAGCAGCCCAGCACCAGCACCACGUCGCCGUCAUGAACAGCGUACAGGGCAUUCCUCCGCAACAUCCUUCUCCCAUCUCGAUCCAACUCCAUCAACAACAUUCACAGCAUCAGCCCAUCUUCUUCCCCACUUCCAGCCCGACAGACUCCACGAAUCAACCUCCACCGACCCUAUCGCCGCAGCACGAGAUCCCUCGCGCCCAUUCAGCCGGCGGUGGCCAACCCCACGACGAUUCCUUCUUCAACCCCAGACUCGUCGCCCAAUUUCCGCACCGAAGAUUGUCACGAAGAUCUACAAUCCACAGCGAGUUCGAGCACCAGGUCGCCGUCAACGCGAUCAACUGUGGCCAGGCUGGACUCGCACAGCACCCAGCGACUCCGACCCCUACCAUGAAUCAGAUCCCCCUUCCCCCGCCUUCCUCGAGCGGCAGUGGCCAACUCCAACCCUCCUCCGCCGGCGGACCGAUCACCAUGGUCCGCGCACCGUCAUCGUCCCAUGGAGCAGCGUCUCAGGCGGACGAGGACCCGAUCCAGCCGUUCAUCGAAGGUCUUGCGCAGGCCGCCGAAUCGCCUCAGCGACAACAGAUGUGGACCGAGCUCAUCCGACUGAAAACAAAAUCUCUCGAACUCCAGAUCGCAGAGGCCCGUGCCAAGGAAAGAGCAGCUGAACUCGAACUUCUUCGAUUGAACCAGGUGGCUGGCCCUUUCCAGCAGGCCGCCAGCCGCGCCAGUGUUCCCCCCUCCGCUGCUCCUGCUUCGACGACGGCCGGCCCAGGCUCGACCACGGGUGUCACUGCGCAGACCAACACCAACGCAACCGCCCCGCAAUCCGCAACAGUAACGGACCGACCGCCGGUUGUCCAGCACCGCGGAUCCUGGCAGGGCACCUUCUCGCCGUUCCCGGCGCUGAACGGCCAGCAGGCGACGACGGAAACCCUGAUCACGCCAAAGGCCGAGCCUGGAAUCAUCGCCCCGAUGCCUGUGCACCCCGGCGUUGCCUCUGCGCAGUACGACUCGCACCACCCGGGGUCAACACCAAUGACGCCCUUCGAUCUCGAGGCCAUGCUGCAGGAGAAUCACCUCGACAACCUGUUUUCAUGGCUGCCUGAGACUGGUAACGGCGCGACGGGCGCCGACGGGCUCCUGCACAAUGCUGGUGUCGCUGCCCCUACAAACCUCCUCAUCCCGAACGGCAACGACCUCAUGAUGCUGAAUGGCCACCCGAACAACGUGACGCGGGUGAUGGGACCCGACGGCGUGCCUGUGACACCAAUCUCUCCCAAGGGCAAGCGCCCCUUGUCUCCUGAGGACAGUGACCAGUCGCCACCGGCGCCUGCGCCCAAGCGGGGCAAGCCUCGUGGAGAGAAGAAGAUGGUGAUAGAACAGCACUCGAAUUGUCUGACGUGCGGCAAGGCUGUCGCCCGCGUGUUGCUGCGUGCCCCGAAAUCCUCGAUCCCGUCUCCCAUCCACGUCGAGUUCCGUUGCCCCGAGUGCUCUGGUGUGCACCAGCCGGUCAUGUUCGACCCAAACAGCACGACGACGGGAUCCUCGAUCGGCUCUACCGAAGCCAGGAAGCGUAUGCGCACGGCCAUGGAGGACGACGACCUCGUGAACGACGACGUCACCCAGCGCAGGUGCUUCUGCGACGUGUGUCAGCGCGUUGUCGCAGCCGGCCAGGUCGUUGGCGGACCCGAGCGCACGUCGCUGAGCCACAUGGCUGAGAUCAUCUGCACAUCCUGCGACAACAAGUACCAGAGCCGCCUCGGUGAUCGGCCACGAGAAAUCGGAGUACACGUUACACCAACCGACUUUACGCCGGAGCAGCUGAAGGAGGUGCUCGCGCGCUGCAAGACGCUGUGGACGGAGAAGACGCUGUCGCGCUUGGCCGUUCCCGAAAUGCUCGAGAUCGAUCUGCCCCCACAUCUCAUCAACCCUCUGCGCAACUUCCAGGACGUCGACGACAUUGUGCAGCGCUGCUGGCCGUCGCGCGAGGCUAUGAUCCGCGGCGACGGUGUCGACCAGAACCGAUUCAAGCGCCUGCUCGGGCUUACAUGGGCGCACUCGCGACCACGAAGGACUGUCCGCACGGUCGACCUCGAGGAGGAGUACGCCCGCCAGGCGGACGCCGAGGAGGACGACAUGUCGACGGUGCUUGCGAACAUCAAGAAGACGAAUGUCGUGAUCCCCGCGGGCUCCGAGCUCAUCGGCAUGUGGGGCGGCGAGUGGGACAUGCAGCACGGCUCGCUUCUCAUCUCCACGCUGAUCCCCUUCGAGGGUACCGACGGCGAGGACAGCACUGCGCUGUCUGUCGGCGAGCUCAUCAGCAAGGUGCAGGAGCAGCAGCAGGAGAUCAACACGAAGCGAACCGAGGAGGCUGCCAAGCUUGGCCGCGAGCCCGAGCUCGUCCGCCCGUGCGAGCACCUGUGGGUCGUGUCUGGCGGCUCGAUGCCGCUGAUCCGCGAGCGCAUGGCGGACAUUCUCGUGCGCAAGCGCUCCUUUGUGCAUGUCGAGGAGUACCUCACGCGCCACCCCGACUUCCUCCACGCUUUGCAGGCGCGCCCCGUCGGUCUGCACCCCGAUCUGCACCGCCCGCUGCCGCACCAGGUCAAUGAGGACUAUGUGCCGCCACAGCCGCUGAUCCUGGUACGUUGGCUCGGCAAGGAUUUCGACGCCCAGCGUAUCCUGGAGAUCAAGCAGAUGGAGUUUGGUGGAGGGAAGAACAAAAAGGCAAAGAAGCGUCUGGAGCGGAGGGCAUGA